UGGUUGCUGCCUGGUGUGCAUUGUGUGCUGUUCUGCUGCUUGGUUCGAGGUUGACGCUCUGUGUGAUUCACUGGAGGAGACAGCCAAGUGAAAUCUCUUGGCAUCUUCGUCUUUUGUCAGAGACCUGUUAACAAACUGGGGGCUCAGUGAAUGUAUUAAGAAUUUUGAAGAUCACAAAAUUGAUGAAGAAAGUUUGCGAUUACUUGAGAAGGAAGACAUACGUGAAUUGAUUCCAGAAAUAGGACUAAAAACUUAAAGAAUACAAAAGGCAGAACAUUCAAGAGGCCACAUUAUCAUCAGCCUCCUUUAUUAUGGCCUGCAAAACUUCUUCAGGAAAUGCACAGAAACGUUGUCAAAAAGCCAUUGUAACCCCCAUCAGAAGUCCUAAAAAGGCUAAAAGGAUGAUGGUAAACAUGGGAAGUUUACCCAAAACCACCAAAUCUGGAGUGGGAGAAAUAGACAAUGAUCUGUGUCAGCCCUCAACCAGUAUGGGACCACCUUCUCCAGAUUGUAAAAGAAAAACUGAGGUCAAGAAGAUCAUGGAAAGUCUCAGAAGCAAACUGCAGAAAAUGACUUCUACAAAACUCACAGACUUCCUAAGAGAUAAAUUUGAAACAUUGGAAAAAGAUAAAAAAAAGAUUGUUGGUGUUUUUGGGAAGACAGGAGCUGGUAAGAGCUCUUUAAUAAACACCAUCUUGGGUGAGACAAAACUGCUUCCUUCUGGAAACCAAGGAGCGUGUACCUCAGUGAUGAUUCAGGUGGAGGCCAAUAUGACUAAUGACAAAUACAUUGCAGAGAUCGAGUUCAUUACAGUGCAGGAAUGGGAAGAUGAGCUGUCAUCCAUCUUCAUGGCCAGAACUUGUGAGUUGGGAGAUGAUGAAGACAUGGAUGACAGCAAUGAUGAUGAAGAUGAAGACAUUAUAACAGCUUUCUAUGGAAAUGUUGGUAGAGGGAAAAACUUAGAAGAACUGAUGGAUAAGAGGUGCUUCAGCAAUAUUCCAGAGUUUCGUUCAGCUUUGAAAAAAUGUUUUCUUUGUGACACAGCUGAAGAACUGUCAGAAAACAUCUGUUGUUUUACACGGAGUGACACACAGAAUGAUGAACCACAGUAUUGGCCCCUUGUGAAGUGUAUAACCGUCAAGGUGCCAAACUCUAAUGAUUUACUGGAGCAUGUUGUGCUGGUGGAUCUUCCAGGCAAUGGAGACUGCAACAAGAGCAGAGAUGAGAUGUGGAAAAAGUCUGUAGGUGACUGCUCUGCUGUGUGGAUUGUGAGCGACAUUUCACGAGCAACUUCAGAAAAGGAAUGUUGGGAGAUUCUUAACAGCACUGUUAGCCUCUUUGGAAAUGGUGGUGAAUGUCAAAGCCUCAGUUUCAUCUGCACCAAGACAGAUGUCAUUCAGAUGAAUCAAAAGGAUUCACACACCCGUAUUUUGACCAGAAAUAAAACAACCAAGAAGAAAGUGAGAGACAAAUUCCAAAAACAAAAAGAAGUAAAGAAACACUUCAGUGGCGUAAAGGACUUCUUCAAAGUGUUUACUGUAAGUUCCAAGGAAUACAGAAUGAGAAAGCAUUUGGAAAAAGAAGAAACAGAAAUACCUCACCUUCAGGAAUUUCUCAGAAAUCUCAAUGGUCAUCACACAAGAACUUCCGAUUAUAUUUCUGGAGCAUAUGGGAUACUGUCUUUGAUCCAAGGAGCAAAAAACAGCAACAUGACAGACAGCAAAGAGUUGUGCCAGAUUUUGGAAAAGAAGCUGAAGGACAACCUUAAAUCCAUUGGUGAUUCUAUGGACGAAUCUUGGGAGGUUUUUGACCGCUGCCUCUCACAAGGAGUUCAACAGUCAGAAGAUUCACACGAGGAAUUAAUUAAUAAAAGGAUUUCACCUAGGGGGAAAAAACAUGGUGGAUACCAUCAAUUAGUAAAGUCCCUCUGCAAGCAUGAUGGCAUUUACAAACCAAAAAGGAAGAAGAACAGAGGAAAGAAAAUAAACCUAAAUGAGAGUCUAGCCUCAUGUAUGCGGAGUUCCAUUGAUGAAGAGUUUAAAUACUUUUUUCCAAAUGACAAAUGGGGCCCAAUAAGGGAGCAGAUUGAGAACUUCACCCUUGAAGCAACCAGCUUGAUUAGGGACCACCCGAUAUGGUCACUGCAUCUGAGAUUCCUUGAGACGGAGGAGAGGGAGUUGAAGGCAGAAUUAAUCUGUGAACUUCGCAAGAAAAAGAAAGAAAUCUACUUCACUCUAACCAAGUCAAUCAUGGACUCUAUGCAUUCAUGCUAUAAAAGGGCAUCACUGCAUACAGGAAAAGAUUCUCUGAAAAGGAUGAAAGAUGAGAUACAUCAGCACGUGAAUAAUGUGAAUAUUUUCCGGAAGGCCAAGGACGAUAUGCUGGUCCGUUUAACCGAACUGAAGAACUUCAUUGUGAUGCAGCUGCAGUCUAAACUAGAAAGAUCCAUUGAGAUCUCACUCAAGACAUCUGACAGCCUAUUCCUCCCAGAUGAUGUCACUGAGGAUUAUAACAAGAUUAAGAAGUUGAUGGAUUGCUCUAGUACAGUGCCGUUCACUUCUAUGUUGGAUCCGCAGCCAACAACUACUGCAUUUCAGUCCAUGUCGGGGAAUGGAAAGAAGCAUGUGCAGAUCACAGCACCCAUUGAUCCUGACCCCCUGAAUUUGCAACCUGCGCUCUUGGACAGCGAGAGUAACGAUCUGAGAGGGUCAGAGUGUCUAGUUCCAACAGAUGCUGGGACUGAACUGAACCAGCUCUCUGAUGUAGCAUUUGUGAAAAAGAACAGAAAUGCUCUUAUUCAGAGGGUGAAAAUGGUGGAUGCCAUAGCAGAUUAUCUGCUUCUGCAUGAUAUGAUCCAGGACGAAAAGUAUGAAAAAAUCUCUAAGGGUUCUACCAAUCAGGAACAAAUGAGAAUUUUGAUUGGAGCAGUACAAGCAGGAGGAAGAAUGUCUACAUCUGCCUUCUGCGUAGCUCUCAGAAAGCAUGAACUUCGUCUUGUUGAGGACCUGGAUGAUGUCACUGAGGAUUAUAACAAGAUUAAGAAGUUGAUGGAUUGCUCUAGUACAGUGCCGUUCACUUCUAUGUUGGAUCCGCAGCCAACAACUACUGCAUUUCAGUCCAUGUCGGGGAAUGGAAAGAAGCAUGUGCAGAUCACAGCACCCAUUGAUCCUGACCCCCUGAAUUUGCAACCUGCGCUCUUGGACAGCGAGAGUAACGAUCUGAGAGGGUCAGAGUGUCUAGUUCCAACAGAUGCUGGGACUGAACUGAACCAGCUCUCUGAUGUAGCAUUUGUGAAAAAGAACAGAAAUGCUCUUAUUCAGAGGGUGAAAAUGGUGGAUGCCAUAGCAGAUUAUCUGCUUCUGCAUGAUAUGAUCCAGGACGAAAAGUAUGAAAAAAUCUCUAAGGGUUCUACCAAUCAGGAACAAAUGAGAAUUUUGAUUGGAGCAGUACAAGCAGGAGGAAGAAUGUCUACAUCUGCCUUCUGCGUAGCUCUCAGAAAGCAUGAACUUCGUCUUGUUGAGGACCUGGAAUUUGCUUAACCAUUGUGAAGUUAGUGGCUUGGAUUGGUCCUCAACUGCUUGUCAAAAGAUGGGCCCUCUUCUAGAACAACUUGUGAGAAUGCAACAGUCACUCCUUGGACAAGACUCUAAACACUAAGUGGACAGCCCCUAAGCUCUGCACUCUUAGCCCUUGAUUGAUAUAUUAGACAGUCACAUCUGAGUGUACUUGCAAGUGAACUAGCCCAAGCAAGAGAGUGGUAUAUUCAGACUUAACUAACUCACUAUGGACUUCACUAACUAGCUACCCACCACAGUCAGAUAAAUGAGAUAAAUUAAGUCUUGUUUAUUAAAUGUUUAUUAAAUGUGACACUGUGGCUACGGGAGUGAAAAUGUUAAUUGAAUGAGCAUCAUGUUACCUGCAAUAGAGUGAAGUUCUUCACUCAUCUCCUGAAGCUAAAUCAAAGGACGAGGGAGAAGAUUUAGUAAAUUGGACAAGCACUUAAUGCAAAUACAAACUGUAUCUGGAUUUCAUGGGACUUCCCCAGAAGGACAGUGUUUAGGGCAAGUGCUUAGGGAAUAUCUACUUUGUGUUUAGGGUCCAGCCACUAUCAUCUUUAUCUUUUUGGUAGGUACUUAUAAAAUAAAGGUGCACUCCAGUCACAUGAUCACCAUAUUGAAAUUGCCUAGCUCCUCCAAAAACACAUCAUCUUAAAAGGUGAUCUCAGGUGAAGGGUGAUCUUAAAGUGAUGUAACCUUUUCACACAUAAGUUUUCGAAAAUCUCUUAAAAGCCCCCUAUAUGAUUUCUCAAUGCAUGUGAUGUCAGUACACACUGACUGUUCGCAAUUUUGAUUAUGACACCACAAUACAUUUCAUCCACAGCUCCCUACAAAAACCAUAAAUAUUGAUUACAUUAUGAAUUCUGAUUCUUGCAUAUUUGGUAAUGGACAAUACAAUCAAAUAAAUAAUGUUGAAGGUUACAUUGUGCUACUUUACCCAAUUACUGUCGAUGUGCAGACAUGUUUAUUUACAUUGCACUGAAUUCUGUGAGUCCUAAGGUAUAUCAGAUUAAAUAUCUAAAAAAGGCCAUCAACAAACCUGUCUGGAAGAUGAGCAAAUGUAUAUGACCAUUCGAUCUCAGAGUGACUCAUCUUAUCGCCUUUAUCUUUGGUGGAUUUGGAUAAACCAACAUAACAGCGCCCAUGAAUGUAAGCUACCUUCCUGUACAGGUGUGCAAAAGGUCGUUUGGGAAGGGGGGUACACUGCUGUGUCUGUUUUCAUUGGCUAGAAUUGAAUGCCACUUUUUGUCUUCUAAACCAAUGAUUAGUUUGCAAGGUCAGACUUUUCAGCUGCAAAGAUAUGAGUUAUGUCAUGUGAUUGGAGUGCACCUUUAAGGAUUCUUAUGACAUUUUUUUUCUGUUAUGUGAAAUAAUGUGUUUGCCUGGAGGAUUCCAGUCUCUUUGUGCUUACAUUCCAGUACACCUCCAUUAACAUUCCACAACUUGCCAAUGAAUCUGACAAGGAGUGAAAUGUUAUAAAUGUUAGAACAACCCCACAGGAUUCCUGCCAGCUAGUGCGUAAUGGAUUUUCUAAUCAUGUAUCUUUUAAAAUAUAUAUUUUGCCCUCGUUGUUAGAUUGUAUUUCUUGUUAUAGAGAGACAUAUUUUAAAAAUGUUCUCAAUUAAUCAUAAAUUGAUUUAGUGAAUAUAAUGUACAAUUUAACGUCGUAAUGUUUUUAAAUUGAACACAAUUUAGUUUCUACAAAUGUGGUGAAAUAGUGGGAGAGGGGUCAUGUUAUAAAUUGGAUGAUACAUUUGUGAAUCAUGUUAAAAUCAUUGUUGAGUACUAAAAGAUCUAUUUGUUUUCCUUAUAUAUUCCCUUACUUUGUGGAUAAAAGUGUAAUGAAUUUAUAAAUUUUUUUCAUUUUUAGUCUCCUGUUUGCCUCAUUGGUCUGUAUUUUAGAGGCCUUUAUUAUGCUAAUAAUUACCACGUUAAUCUGCUGAUGAAUUAUUUCAUGUAUUAAUUUAGGAAUUGUAAUCAUUUCUUUCAUAUUUUCUUUUUUAGUAUACUAAUGAUGUGAUUUAUGCAGAAUGUUUUAAAGAUUUUGUGGACUGUCCUACUUAGUCUAUAUGUCAAGGAUAGGGACACUGGAAAAUCAUGUUCUCUUAUACAGUAGGUUUAUUUCUAAAUGUAUGUGGGUAAAUGUGGGUUAUAUAAAUAGUUGGAAUGUGAUUUCUUUUAGGUAAUUAACAAGAUUGGUUAGGGGAGCAGUUUUAAUGUUCAGCGUAUUUGAAGUGAACAGUUAGGUCUGUAAAUAUUUGGACUAUGACACAAUUUAAUUAAUUUUAGCUCGGUAUGCCACCCCCAUGUAUUUGAAAUGAAACAACCGAGAUGCAAUUGAAGUACAGUCUUUAAGCUUUAUUUCAAGGGGUUGAACAAAAAUAUCGUAUGAAACUUUCAUUUUCAUACACAGUCCCCUUACUUGAGGGGCUCAAAUGUAAUGAACAUAAUCUUAAAUAAAAUUUUU